UGCAAACAAGGAUAUUGAAGAAGUUCCGGAAACUGCGAAGGAAAUGACCCAAAGAACUGUCUCAAUAUCAGUCUUGCAACACCUCCCAUGAAUCGGAUACUAUGCAAUGAUAUUGUCGCGGCAGUACGACAGCUUCAGUCUCAAGCAUUUCAAUCAUCUCUGAGUCUCAGACCCCAAACCCUAACUUAAACAAGAUACCAGCCUUUUGCAAGGAGGAGGUUUCAUUCCUGUCAUUUUCCAAGGAAAAAAGAUGGCUGCCACUCUAGGACUUAUUUCCCUGUUUAGUUGUGUCGUGUUAUUUCCUAUGUUGCAUGCUGUCAUUGUGUAUACAGAGUGUGUUCAAUAAAACCUGCAUGUUUAGCAUAAACAGAGCUUUUCCUAUACAUAAGGGGGCAUUAUUCCAAGUUGAAGCAAUGUACAACCACACUUCAUAUUCAGCAGAAGCCAGAUUCAUUCCUCAAGGCAUGAAUGGAACAUCUGUUGAAAAUUUCUCCUGUGUGAUUUACAACAUUUCCUUCAUGAAUUGCACUUGGAAGGCUGGCAGGAAUGCUCCAGAAGAUACCCGAUAUUUUCUUUUCUUUCAAUACUCAAAGGAAGAAGAUGAACAAGAAUGUCCACGUUACAUAAGAGAUGCACUUGGAAGACCUAUCGCAUGCAGUUUUCAAAAUGUGACAGACAUUAAAAAGAAAGUUUACUUCCUGGUGAAUGGGUCGAGCAACGAAUCGGAGAUUCGGUUUUAUGAUGAGUACAUCACACUAUAUGAAAUAGAAAUACUCACUCCUCCAUUAAAUAUCACAGUAAACUGUUCUGAAGACCAAGCAGGGUGUAUAGUGCGAUGGAAACGGCCCCAGCCAAGCCACAUGGAAGGAAAUGUAGAUCACUGCUUUGAGUAUCAAAUUGACAUUCGAAAUAAGAAUGCUAUUGCCAAUCCCAAGGAAAGCAGCAAUGAGUGUCCUACGGUAACAGGAACAAGCUACAUAUUUCCGAAUUACAACAUGAAAAAAAAGUACACCUUGCAAAUCAGAGCAAAGGGAGAUUUAUGUCUCGUAAGCCAGAAUUGGGGGGAAUGGAGUGAGCCCAUUGAGUUUGGUGACCAUGAAUGAUUUCACUCUCCUGAGGCUGACACAGAAAGAUAAAGACCGAAUGUUGCAUGAAUUGGACCAAAACCCAGGACCAUUCGCUGCCAUGCUUUGUGCUGCAAUGAUUCCAGACCACUUGCUACUGGCUUGGCGUGGUAAAGUAUCCUACCGUGGAGGACGAAAUAAGGCAGCCCUCCCCAGAAACCUUCUGCAAAGGCUUUCAGAGUACCUCCAGGAGAGCUUCAUGGAGAUGUCCCUGGAGGAUUCCCGCUCCAUCCCCAGACACGUUAACAGACUUUUCCAUUAGCUGUACUGGCCGCAAAUGCAUCCCAAUUGUUCAGGGGAAAUCAAACAUUAAACACAAUUGCUUUUAA